AUGAGUAUAUACAGCGUUCACGAGCGCGUCGAGUUGGGGGAAGCUCACGGCGAUGACUACACUCACACGUUCAAGCCGGCAAAGCAUCAGCUGGCAAAAGUCAAAUUUCAACACUAUGUGAGGGCAGGAACUCGCACGGUUCAGGAGUUGAUUCUUCAACAUAAAAUAUUUGCAAUUUUAUUGAUGCUUUUAUUGUCGCUUUCUCUCUUCACAUCGACGCCGUUUAUCCCACAUUUUCGCCGCGGCGAUCCAAAAGUGGUGAUAAUUCUUGCUGCAAAUGAAGGUGGUGGUGUUCUCAAAUGGAAGGGUCCUCAAGAAUGGUCGGUGGAAAGAUCACUGAUUGCCAACAAAAAGCAGUACGCCAAGAGACACGGGUAUGCUCUAACCAUCAAGGACAUGACGAUCAAAAAACGAUAUUCUCACGAGUGGAGAGAAUCGUGGGAAAAGGUGGACAUUCUCAAACAAACCAUGAGACAAUUUCCCAAUGCCCAAUGGUUUUGGUGGCUUGAUCUUCACACAUUCAUCAUGGACCCGACCCGGUCGUUGGAAGAGCAUUUUUUGGACGAUCUCGAAGGUUCAACCUACCGUACUCUCGACAAACUCAAUCCUCUAAAUAUCCCAGUCGACAUUCCCUACGUCAACUACGACAACCCAGUGGAUAUGAUAAUAACACAGGACUGUGGCGGGUUCAAUUUAGGGCUGUUUCUCAUGAGGCGGUCGGCGUGGUCAGAGAUGCUUUUGGAUAGCUGGUGGGACCCGGCGUUGUACGAGCAGAUGCAUAUGCAAUGGGAGCACAAAGAACAGGACGCACUAGAAACGCUCUACCUGACCCAGCCGUGGAUCCGCGAGCGUGUGGGUUUCUUACCUCUCAGAAUGAUCAACGCAUUUCCUCCCGGAGCCUGCUCGGAUAAGGCCGACGACCCACAAUAUUUCUUCCAUCGCCACGACUUUGUCGUCAAUAUGGCAGGAUGUGAAUGGGGUCGAGACUGCUGGCAAGAAAUGGAGCACUACAAGGCGCUCAGUAAACAAAUUUACAAACCAUGGUGGCAUUUUUGGUAA